GCAUUAAGAGUUAGUUAAAUAGAGAUUUUAAAAUCUCUAGUAAAAUUAUUCCUCCAUCACUUCCUCCCAAGUUUCAAAUUCCUCCCCAAACAUAAACGCACCCCUCGGGUCACACUAGUUAAAUUCCUACCUUAUUAGAAUCCCUUCUAGCCCAAAGUCUGUACUCUAUUGCAUUGCAUGCAGACCCGCUGCUAUUACGCCCUUGGUACCGGAUUAAAGGAACCUUCCCAUAAACUCGGAAGCUGAGUCGAGAGUCUGCCGAGCGCCCACUCCAAUUUCCGCUCGGGCCUAAUUUCCGGGUUGCGCCUGCUUUGGCCGCAUCACCAAGAUGAGUACUAUGUUCGCCGACACCGUCCUUAUCGUUUUUAUAUCCGUAUGUACCGCGUUGUUAGCCGAGGGCAUAACGUGGGUACUAGUUUAUAGAACAGACAAGUACAAGCGGCUGAAAGCAGAGGUGGAGAAGCAGAGUAAAAAAUUGGAAAAGAAAAAGGAAACAAUUACAGAAUCAGCUGGCCGACAGCAGAAAAAGAAAAUAGAGAGGCAGGAGGAGAAGCUGAAGAACAACAACAGAGAUCUGUCGAUGGUUCGCAUGAAGUCAAUGUUUGCAAUUGGUUUUUGUUUCACCGCUCUGAUGGGAAUGUUCAAUUCCAUAUUUGAUGGCCGAGUGGUUGCAAAACUCCCCUUUGUACCACUUUCUUACAUCCAGGGUUUGUCCCAUCGUAAUCUUCUGGGUGAGGAUUAUACAGAUUGUUCCUUCAUCUUCCUCUACAUUCUCUGCACAAUGUCUAUUCGGCAGGCUGUGGUCUCAAGGCACGUGAAGCCACCACCUUGCUGAAGCUAAGCAGACCUGGGUCUGGUCAGUACCUGGAUGGGAGACUGCCCAGGAACCACAUGUAUGCCGCCUUGGUUCUGUGAUGAAAGAAAGGUGAGAUAUAAAUGAAAUAAACCAACAAAACAGGCACAGUCCUCUGAAAUUUGGAACUAGCCAUUAGGGUAAGAGUAACCAAUUCAAGGAAGAACAAGCUGGCUCCAAAUUGUGGGUCCCUGAGUAGGCCUACAAAUUAUUUCUUAAAGCUUUGGCAGCAAGCAGUUUAUAGGCAAAUGUGAAUUCAUUUGUGUACUUUAUUUUUAAAGCAUAGGCUUAAAGCCAGAGUUCCUUUCCACUUGGAGAAAACUGGAACCUGCCUCCCUUCCCCUGUGGCACACAGGCAUGCAGAUCAAUACUGACAAGAAAACCUAUUUAUUUGGCCUGAAAACAUGGCUCUGCCAUGAGGGAUUGUAGGUAACUUCUUGCUGCUGAAGUGCAUGCUUUUGGGUAAAAUCUUCUGCGGAGUAGCAGACUAUUCCUGCUAGCUAGGACAUAAGCUCAUAACUGAAGACACCUGUGUUAUCUGGUGUAGACUGGUACUCAAGGUCGCCAGGCAAGUUAGCUGUGGGAGUGCCUGUCUGAGAAGGUGCAAACACACCUGGGAUAUUCCAUCUUCUAGGAGGCUCCUGACUGAUCCCCUUAGAUCCCCUUAGCUGUUGCUGUGCUUUAUAAGAGGUAGAACUUUCUUUGGCUGUUUUCAUACAUGGGGCUGAUUGUGUUAGUUUAACAGAUUUAAAAGGUAGUGCUUCUGCCCCAAUUUCUAAAAUUCCUUUCACACUGCAGUACCUGUUAAGGAACAGUAGCUUUGUCAGCCAAUAUACUGGAACUUCAUGCACCUGUCUUUCACAAGGCUGCAAUGAACAGCAUCUUGUUUUCGUCCCUCACCCAUUAUACACAUGCGUACUGUAGUUCCCUCACAAUUCACUGCUUGAGUUAGUGUCUGGACACAGGGGUGUGUAUGGGAAAAGAAGGAAGGGAAUGCUGCUACCCACGUCCGUGCCAGAAUACUUGUACAGUUAUCACCAGGCAAAAAAAAGUGCAUGCCUAAAUGGUGGGAACACAUUGCAUGCUGGGAUGACUGUCAAGUGAGCGGCUGCAGCUAGCACAAACCUCCUGCAAUCUUCCAGGUUCCCAGCCUUGCAAACGGAUUAUUUCUAUUAUUUAUCACAGAAAUUAGAGCUAAACUUGCACUAUAUUCCACUAGAAUUCCAGAACUAGCUUGUACGUUGUGUGAAAGGUCAAAUACAAUGUGCAAAUUACUAGGUAAGAAAUCGUCAGAAUAACAGAAUAAAGUGCAGUGUGAAAACAGCCUUUAUCUAGUUGCCUCACAUCUUACCCUGACAUGACAUCUUGGGUGACGUGUUCUGCUGUUACUGGUGGGGUCUGGUAUCUUUGCUAUUAUAAGCUCUGAUGAUCUGUUUAGAGUUAGGAAUAGUUAGUUCUGUUAUUUUAUCCUGUAGUUCAAUUCUCAACUGUUGUAUGUGUAUCGACAAUUUAUGCCUAUGCCUUAUGGGUAUUCUGGGUUUAAGGGGUUUUUUGCUGCUAUUUGUAUGUACUUAUAUUUUUUAAUAAAGGUAAAGGUGUCCCCGCACUUAUAGUGUGAGUCGUUUCCGACUCUUAGGGUGACGUCUUGCGACGUUUACUAGGCAGACCGUAUAUAUGGGGUGGGAUUGCCAGUUCCUUCCCCGGCCUUUCUUUACCCCCCAGCAUAUGCCGGGUACUCAUUUUACCGACCACGGAUGGAUGGAAGGCUGAGUGGACCUCGACCCCUUUUACUGGAGAUUCGACUUCCUCCUUCCGUUGGAAUCAAACUCCGGCCGUGAGCAGAGUUUUGCCUGCGUUACCGCCGCUUACCACUCUGCGCCACUACCUUGUAUUUAUUCUGGUGUGUAUUCUUCCAGGUGAGCCUUGGGUAUGAAACCAGCACCUUGGCCAUUGGCCCUGUAGUGCUACUGAAUAGUUUGUUUCCCUUGAACCAGGAAGCAGAGAGCAGCUUUUAGCUCUUGCCUCUUUGAAAUCCCAGAAACAUGUUUAAGGCUUUAGUUUCCCCUGGCCCAAACUGGUGGGCAGAUGGGUGGUGGCAGUGUGAUCUACCUUACAGGGCUGAUUUUGAUUGUUUUCCAGCCCUGGUAUGAUUGGCAACGAGGGCUGUGGUUUCCAGGGGUCUGGGACCCAGUAAUCUGAGCUUCACUACACUCUCCCCACUUGUGAUUCCCAGCAACUGGUAUUCAGAAGCAUACUGCCUCUAACAGUGGAGGGAGAACAUAGCUAUUGUGGCUAGUGGCCAUUGAUAUCCUCCAUGAAUGUGUCUAAUGCUCUUUUAAAGCCAGUAGUGUAGUGGCAAAUUCACAAGUGUAGUAUCCUUUCAUGAUAAUCACACCAUGUCCCCUCACAGCCAUGCUCCCUUCUAAGAUAAUAUGACCUUCUAAGAUUAUACAAUAAAAUAAAAAUCUAAUUUAUUUGCAGUACUUUCCCUUAGCGAUGCAUUGCAAUGAUCAAUGCAGAUCUCCAUCUGUUGCCUUUCAGCUACAUCUACUAUUUUCUGUGCACAUACAUGGGCAAAUGUAGUAAGAAUCUGUAAGAUAAGGAAUGGCCCUUGCUGAGUUUCCCUUCUUGGUUGUCACACUGAGAUUCAGAGUAACUGCAUUUGGGCAGAGUUUUUUGGGGAAACUUAAGCAUGGAAAUCUUCACCAGAGUUGGCUGUGGAGACCUUGUCCAAGUGCCUGGAAUCCGUGAGUGGAUGGAUGGGAAGGAACAAGCUGAAGUUGAACCCUGAUAAGACCGAGGUGCUGCUUGUGGGGGACAAGAGAAGGUUGGGAGAUGUUGACCUGAAGUUCAAUGGAGUGAGUUUACCCCUGAAAGACCAGGUCCGCAGCCUUGGGGUUGUACUUGAUUCCAGGCUGUCCAUGGAGGCUCAGAUUUCGGCAGUGAGCCGGGCAGCCUGGUAUCAACUACACCUCAUACGAAGGCUGCAACCCUACCUUCCUGUUCAUCAGCUCCCACUGGUAGUACACGCCCUGGUCACCUCUCGUUUGGAUUACUGUAAUGCACUCUACGUGGGGUUACCCUUGAAAACGGUCCGGAAACUACAACUUAUACAAAAUGCGGCGGCUCGACUACUCACGAAUAGUCGCCGCCGGGAUCACAUCACACCAGUGUUGUUCGAUCUACACUGGCUUCCAGUUGUCUUCCGGGCCCAAUUCAUGGUGUUGGUAUUAACCUUUAAAUCCCUAUACGGUCUCGGCCCAGUUUAUCUUACGGAGCGCCUUCAACGCCACCAAUUAUGCUGCCCGACAAGAUCAGCCACACAGGGCCUUCUCUCAAUCCCGCCGACAAAAACAGCCAGGUUGGCGGGAACUAGAGAGAGGGCAUUCUCAGUGGCGGCCCCCACGCUCUGGAACUCCCUCCCACAAGAUCUACGGCACGCCUCUUCCCUAAAUGUAUUUCGUAAAGCCUUAAAGACCUGGCUCUUUCAACAGGCCUUUGGGAUUUCCGGGGAGGGUUAAUUGUUAUGACUGAAAUGCCUCUUACCCUGCACUAAUAUUGUUGUUGCUGCUGUAUUGUUUAUAUAU